AUGAACAUCCAGUCCAUGACAAGAGCCCUGAAUUCUUUGAAUUCAACACCCUCUUACCGUGCACCUCCUGCAUGCCCAGCUGACAGCGAGGAACUCCCAGAAAGACGCAGUUCUGACCAUGACCUCACGUUCAGUGUGAUGGUGUCAGCACAAAUAGAACACGAUAGGAACGGGGAGGAGCAGACAAGCAGCUCAGUGUGGGAGGUCCGUGGGGGCUUCCCAGGGGGUGUGAACAGGCCCAUGAAGGUGAGAAGGCAGGAACAUUCCAGCAUGAAGAGCAUGAGCGAGGGCAGCUGGCAGGCAAGGGCAGGCUUGCUGCAGGACUCAGGAUUGGCUACAGGAAUCGACAACACUGUGGCUUUUUACCAUGGAGGCGUAAUGAAUAAGUCAAUGCAUCUACAGUGCCUCAAGGUCUCUCACUGUGUCCCUCAGCCUAAUGUAACUUGGUUGAAGAAAGGAGGAUCUCUGAGUGACAAUAUUUCCUUGCUUUUCAAUGGAUCCCUGUUGUUGCAGAAUGUUUCCCUUGAAAAUGAAGGAACCUAUGUCUGCACAGCCACGAAUGCUCUUGGAAAGGCAAUGGCAGCAUCCAUCCUCCACUUGCUGGAGACGUUCUGGGAGCUUGGUAACUGGACACAUUGUUCUGCCACCUGUGGCCACUUGGGAGCCCGAGUUCAGAGACCUCAGUGCCUGAUGGCCAAUGGGCAGGAAGUGAGUGAGGCCUUCUGUGAUCACCUCCAGAAGCCGCUGGUUGGGUUCCAGCCCUGUAACAUCCAGGACUGCCCCUCAAGGUGGUUCACGGGUGCGUGGUCAGAGUGCUCUGUGUCUUGUGGUGAAGGAUUCUGCAGUCGCCAAGUGACAUGUCAGCGCACAAGAGCCAAUGGAACUGUGCAGGUGACACCUCCGAGAGCAUGUGCCCCCAAAGACAGGCCUCUGGGAAGAAGACCCUGUUCCAGUCACGCGUGUGUUCAAGGGCUCACUGAACCAAGGAACCAGGUGAUGCUGACACAUCUCCUGUUUUGA